GUUGUUAUUACCUCCUCUCUCUCUCUCUCUCUCUCUCUCUCUCUCUUCAGUAUUACUCCAUCGCAUCGUUUUAACUACUUUAUAUUCUUUUGGAUUCUUCAAAAAAAGAUUUCAGAAACCUUUAAUAUUUGUUAAUCAAAAUGGCGCCUGAAAACAUGAGCAUAUUUGUAAAUGGGCAAUCUCAAGUCCCUCCUGGUUUCAGGUUUCAUCCAACCGAAGAGGAACUCUUGCAGUACUAUUUGAAGAAGAAGGUCUCAAAUCAGAGGAUCGAUCUCGAUGUCAUACGUGAAGUCGAUCUCAAUAAGCUUGAGCCAUGGGAUAUACAAGAGAAGUGUAAGAUAGGAACUGCACCACAGAAUGAUUGGUAUUUCUUCAGCCAUAAAGACAAGAAGUACCCGACUGGAAUACGAACAAAUCGUGCAACUGCUGCUGGAUUCUGGAAGGCAACUGGCCGUGAUAAAGUGAUAUGUAGCAACUGCAGGCGGAUCGGUAUGAGGAAGACUCUUGUGUUCUACAAAGGCCGAGCUCCCCAUGGCCAAAAGUCUGAUUGGAUCAUGCAUGAAUAUAGACUCGACGACAAUAAUACUAGCAAUUGCAAUAUCACUAAUGUACCCACUGUUGUGGGAGAUGCAGCACAAGAGGAGGGAUGGGUGGUUUGCCGAGUUUUCAAGAAGAAAAACCUCCACAAAAUUUUGAGCAGCCCAAUCUUGAAUACUACUACAUCCAUCACAACAGAAACAAGAAAUGGCCAAUCACUGUUUGAUUCGUGUCCCGAGGGAGCUUUGGAGCCGAUACUUCAUUACAUGGGGAGGACAUGCAAUGAAGAAGGGAAUGAAGCCUACAUUAACAAUAACAGCACAAGAUUUAAUCUCCAACCAAACAACACAGGCAUUAGUAAUACUAGUAAUCACAAUGGCUUCCAUGAGAAGUUCUUGAAACUUCCGACCCUAGACAGCCCAAACUCCACAAGCAGCCAGGAUUGUUACCAACCAAACAUUCAUGAGGGGAUGAUGGUCACAGAGAAUAAUAACAACCCGGUGAGUCCUUUUACUGAUCAUCACCAAAAUAUGGAUUACCAUGCACACCACAUGGACUCAGGAAUCACCAACUGGGCAGCUCUUGACCGCCUUGUGGCUUCACAACUCAAUGGACAAACUGAGACCUCUAGGCAGUUAACUUGUUUCAAUAUCACUGACCCUUAUGACAACGAUGAUCAUGAUCAUGAACGCCAGUUACCAAGUACCCUACGAGGAUCGUUGUCUUCAUCCAACACCUACCAUGCCACACACGACUACAACAACAGCGAGAUCGACCUGUGGAAUUUCGAUCGACAAUAAUCAUCAUCGUUGUCAUCCUCAGACACGCUGUGCCACGUGCCGAACGGUCCUAUAUAACUGAACAACCCAAUAUCAUAUAAUAUAUAAUAUCAUAUAAGAAUGUUAUCAGUCCGUCCAAGUCAGAGAAAUAUCUAUUUACAAGCACAGUAGUAUAUAAACAUGUAUGUUAGAUAAAUAAAGUUUGUUUUGGAGUUUUAAGUGGGGUGGCAUUGUCAAAGUACCAUUAUCUUCGCUUAAUCACGAUAUCUACUAUUAAUUUUUUUUCA